AUGGGUUUAGCGGAACCAAGAAUAAAACAAAGGAUAUCCGCUGACCCUAGAAACUUAGCAUGGAGUAAUGAUCAAAAUAAAUUUGGUUAUAAGAUGUUAUCAAAGAUGGGUUGGUUACCAGGAAAAGGAUUAGGCGUAAAUGAAGAUGGUGCAAAAGAGCAUAUAAAACUUUCACUUAAACAAGAUAAUCUUGGUAUUGGAGCCACAAAAAAAACUAUUGAUAACUGGUUAGAUAAUUCUAGCGCAUUUGAUUCAUUACUUAAAGGGUUAAAUGAAAAACAAGGACGAAAUGAAAUAGAUGGGAAGGGAAAAGAUAGUGAACAAGAUUCCUCAUCAUCAACUAAUGAUUCAACAACUAAUACUAGUGAUUCUGGGAGUUUAUCUUCAAUUCGUUUAGCGCAUCGAGCCAAAUUUCUUAAAAGCAAAAAGGCUGCCAUACAAAAUUCCGAUAGAUUAAAUGAAAUUUUUGGUAUAAAAUCAAAUAAAGCUAAUUUUGAUGAUUUGAAUAAUCUCUCAAUUGCGCCUUCGUCUUUAAAAGGUAAUAAAGUAAUCACAACUAUUACGACGAUAGCGUCUUCAAGCGAAACUGAUGAAUCGGAUCAGAACAAUAAUACUGUAAAAAGUAUAAGGAAAGGUGAUAUAGUGACUAAUGUUAAUGAAAUGAGUACUCAUGAAUAUUUUGCCCAAAAAAUGAAAGGAUUAAAAUUAUCAGGAAUUGCGAAUACUGGUCUAUCGGGUUGUAAUAAGAUGAAUGCUGAGAGUGAUGAACGACCUAGUUUUAGUAUGGGAGUUUGCUCGAGUUUCGUUAGUAGUGAACAAGACUCGAUUAUGUCUAAUAAUCCUUUGAAUGGUUUAGGGUUAGCUGAUAAUAGUAACAAGAAAAGGAAACGUGAUUGUGAUAUUGAUGUAGUUAAUAGUAAGAAAUCGAUUAAGAAAGAUGAAAAAUCAAAGAAGCAAACGAUGAAAGAAAAUACUACUGCACAAAAAAUGUUGUCCCGAUGGGACACUGCAAUUGCUAGAAUCCACAAAGAACAUAUAUUGCCGUCUACACUACAUUUACCAAAAAUUGCAAUUGUCAAAGAGAAAUUCGCGUUUUGCUCCACCCGAUUGUUCAAUGAUUUAAUUAUUAAGGUAACAAAACAUAAGGAAGGCGUUGUUGUAAAAUGCAAUCCGCAAUAUGCAGAAAAUGACGAAAGAAACGAAUCAAGUCAAAAACAAAAUGAUGAACCGAAACAAAGAAUUUUGGUUUGUGUCGGAGUGCCAGGAUCUGGUAAAUCAACCUUUUCUAAAGAAUUAUGUAAAGUUGACAACAAUUGGUUUAGAGUAAAUCAAGAUGAUUUAGGAAGUCGAAGAGCAUGCGAAAGCGUUUCAAAACUUCAAAUCAAUAAGAGAAAAAAUGUAAUAGUGGACAGAUGUAAUUUUGACAAACGACAACGUAAAACAUGGGUAGAUUUAGCAAUUCAAUUCAAUUUAACAAUAGAUGCAAUAAUAAUGGAUACACCAUAUGAAAUUUGCGAAAAACGGAUUUUGAGUAGAGAAAACCAUCCCACGAAUGUACAGGGUAGAAAAGGGUUAGAAAUUUUAGAAAAUUUUAAACAGAUUUACAAAUCUCCUGAUUAUAAUGAAGGUUUUGAAAGAAUUUUGAUCGUUAAACCUCAUGAUAUUAAUGAAUGUAAUGAAAAUGAUGUUAAAGAAGUUAUGGAAAAACUUGAUAAUAUUCCCAAGAGAGUUGUUGAAAGAAGAGUGAAAAUACAGGGAAGAGGGGGAAGUCGUGGCGAGAAUGCUUAUUAUCGAGGUGGAAAUCGUGGUGGAAAUCCGCGUGGUCACGGUGGUAAUAGAGGGAGGUGA